GGCCUCCUGCCUUUUGUUUCCAUGGAGUUGAGCUCAGAUGACACUGAGGUCUCUCUUCUACUGCAGCAGUACUGAAUAGCAUCUCUCUCACAGCCUUUAACUAAUGUUCGGUUUUAUUUCUUUUGACAGUAUGCACCAGUGGAAUUGUCCCAAUCACAGUAGUGAACAUACCCACCCCCUCAUAUGUUCCCUUGGGCUUUGUGCUGAUUCCUCGCUCCUGCCUGACCCUCCCUCCCCACUGCUCAACUGCCAGCAACCACUGAUGCGCUUUCUGCCCGUAUAGCUUAGAUUUUACUUUCUAGACACCCCCUCCUCCAGUUUUAUAGAGAUAUAGUCGACAGACAUCACUGUAUAAGUUGAAGGUUGUAGAUGAAAAUUCAAUUAACUAUCAAGUUAAGAGGGAAAAUGAGGUAAUUUUAUUUGAGCCAAACUGAGGAUUAUAACCCGGGAAGCAGAUUCUCAGAAAGCUCUAAGAACUGUUCCUCCUGUUAGAAGUUGAAGGCGCAGGUGGGUACAUUUUCGAGACAAAGGAUCGUACAUCAAAACGACAUACUGAGAUUGUAACAGGGAAGAACAGAUCUGACUCCAUGCUGGAUCUGCUUCCUUUACUUUGACCUUUGUAUUCUAUUGCCUUUGCUACAAGUUAAUCACUAGAGGGAUGUUGCCUAGAAACUUAAGUUAUACAUAAGGGCCCAUCACUGGGAUCCCUGUCUUGCAGGUAAUGAGAGUUAAGUUAAAUACCUUUGUUUGGCUCCCAGGAAGCAUCCUGACAAGGCGCACCUGUGAAUGACCACAGGCAGGAAGAAAUCAACACCUCCCCUCCGGAGGCGGACCCGGAACCAGGAAGUGUUUGGCUUUGCGCCCUCCCCUUUUAGUAUAAAGGCAGCCUAAUGCUAACUCAGGACAGGUGGUUCUCUGGGACGCUGGAGAGUUGAGCUGCUGGCUUACAGCCUUUAGCUGGCGUUCGUCUUGGUUUCUCUUGGUCUGCUGGCUUUCCAAGCGGAGUCGCUGUUCCUUGUCCCAGCAACUCGUCUCUGGAUUUCUUGGCCUGUCGCGCAGUUUUACAUCAAAUUCACCCAGGAUACAUAGUCCAGAUUCUCAGCCCGGCCUUUGAGAUGAUGGGACUAGGAAAUGGGCGUCGGAGCAUGAAGUCGCCGCCCCUCCUGCUGGCGGCCCUGGUGGCCUGUGUCAUCGUCCUGGGCUUCAACUACUGGAUCGCCAGCUCCCGGAGCAUGGAUCUCCAGACGCGGAUCUUGGAGCUGGAAGGCAGGGUCCGCAGGGCGGCCGCGGAGCGAGGGGCCGUGGAGAUGAAGAAGAACGAGUUCCAGGGGGAGCUGGAGAAGCAGCGGGAGCAGCUGGACAAGAUCCAGUCCAGCCACAACUUUCAGAUGGAGAGCGUCAACAAGCUGUACCAGGACGAGAAGGCGGUUUUAGUGAAUAACAUCACCACAGGAGAGCGGCUCAUCAGAACCUUGCAAGACCAGUUAAAGGCCCUGCAGAAGAAUUACGGCAAGCUGCAGCAGGAGGUCCUCCAGUUUCAGAAGAACCAGUCCAACCUGGAGAGGAAGUUCUCCUACGACCUGAACCAGUGCAUCAACCAGAUGCAAGAGGCGAAGGAGCAGUGUGAUGAGCGGAUAGAGGAGGUCACCAAAAAGGGGAAUGCGGCCGGGGCUUCCAGAGCCCCGAGCGAGCAGAAGGACCAAAGCCAGCAGCCCCGAGCGGCCAGUGAGCCGCAGCCCCGGCCGCAGGAAGCCGUCCCGCCCCGGGCAGGAGAUUCGCCCAGCAAGGGUGAGCCCCAGACCCCGGCCCCCGGUUCUGAGGCGGCUUUGGAUUUGAAGAGACACGGUGAGAAAGAGGGAGCCCCGGAGAUGCAGGUCGUCAGCAAGGAGGAGCUUCAGAGGGACGGCCCGGGGCUGCCGCAGGAGCCGGGCCGAGAGCCGGCUGCGGACCAGGACGGCCGCGUGGCCGGAAGAGGCGGCGCGGAGCCUGGGGAGGCAGCGCCCGGCCAGACCCCGCGGGUGCCGGCCGCGCUGUUGGCGAGCCAGGAGGAUCCGGAGGAGGAGGGCCCCGAGCGGGAGCAGCUCGUCCUCCGCGACGGGCAGGAGGAGGAGCAGGAGCCCGGCGCGGAAGGGAGAAAGCAAAAGCUGGGAGCAGAUGACGAGUACAACAUGGAUGAAAAUGAGGCGGAAUCUGAGACAGACAAGCAGGCGGCCCUCGUGGGGAAUGAUAAAAACAGAAAUGUUCUUAACGCUGAAAAUCAGAAAGGAGACUCGAUAAAUUUACUUGACCAGCCUGAAAAGAGGAAUCAAACACUCUGAAUCAAACUGGAAUCACAUACUUUGUUUCCGAAUUGAACAGAGAUCACUACAGAAUAUUCAUGAGGGAUGGAAUACUGUGAAAUGCACUAAGUAAACAUCUAAAGAUGACUGUUGUGGAGUUUUAGUGUGUAUUUACUAUGUAGGAAAAUGAGAUCGUCUUUGAGACUGUUUUGGGGGUACUUUUGAAGCGUCUCUAUUAAGAUGUCAAAAUCGUCGAAAUUUGUUGGCUAAUAGGUGUUUCUUGAGAAGAUCAACACCAAAAACAGAACCCAGGCUGUCCUUCAGGUGUGGCGCAGACGGUGGCGUGUUACCGUGCAGCAGGGCCGCGACGUGAAGGAGGCCCGCCGCGCGCUGACAGCACCUCUUCCUCCGUUUGCCCUGGAGUCACGCUCCCGGUGCUGAGCUGGGCGACGGGGACCAGCCCGUGACUUCCGCUCUUUCCUGCCGGCACUGAAUGGUUUUGGUUUAAUCCUCCUGUGCUCACUCCUAGUUCUGAUAGACAGCAGCUCAGAGCGCUGACUGUGAACACAGACAUCACUUUCAAUGGUGUUAAAAGCGUCCAAACACAAAGGGGUUCUGUGCGAGAAUCUUUAAAAAGACUGCCUGUAUAAUAGCCCUUGUCAUUAAUGUGCAGAAUGCUUGUAAGUGACCUGUAACUUCAAUACCUGUGAUCUGUCCUUGCUUUGCCUUGCUCUGUGGGCAGAGCUGAAUCCUCUGUGCUAAAUCAAGCCAGGAGGAGCCGCGUGCCAAUCAGACCUUUGACACGACAGGGGCCACAGCAGAGGGGAUGCCGGCCCCGCGCCCAGGGCCCGUCUGUUGUGGGCGAGCGGCCUCCUGCACUCGUGGGAGAAAGGAGAGAAGGCUGACGGUGAAGGAGAGACAGCAGACAAACUGGGGGAGUUUAGAAAGGCAAGAGAAAUGCAACAGUUGUUUUUGUGUUUACACAUUUAGCUUGUGGUCAAGGACUAUGAUGAAACUGAUUUAAAAAUCGAAAGUUAAUGUAAAUCAACUCAAAAGUAAAUCUAAUUUACACUGAUAACAGCGACAUCGGGUCUGACUUAAGUUGGUUCUUAAUAUUUAAGGUGACAGGCUUUGGCCAGGCUGGUGAAUGACCGGCAGUCACACCGAAGACUUUCAGUGAGGCUCUCUGAAGGGUAAGAGGGUGGUGAUGCUUACAGUAAAACACAUCUCAAGUCAGGAUUUGAGAUGCAGGGGCCUCAGGUCAUUUGAUACAACCCUCUCGUCUAACAGAGGGAAUGGGGCCCAGCCAGCCCGGGAGCUGGAGUGCCCGGCCUCAUACCCAGCUGUGGACUCAGGGCCCCCGGCAGUCGCUGAAGGCAGGACCUGGCUUGCGUUCAGGUUAAGAUCUCCACCUUGAAUGCUUUUAGGUAUUCCUUUACCCAAUCAAUAAGAUGAAACUUCCCAUCCAGAAAAGGCAACUGAAGAAGGGUAGAAAGUAGCUUUAUGAGGUGUGUAUCCCAGUCUUUGUCCAGCCUGCCUCAUGUCCAGGUCUUAGGGGUGACAGUCUCUCUUGCUUGUUGGCCUUGAUUCACCUCCUGUUUAAUCAGUGUGCCUAGAGUAGCUGAGAAAUAAAAUACUCUUUGCUAGUUCAGCUUUUAAAACUUCCAGUCUUCCCUUCCCCCCCACUGGAUCCUUAAACAAUCAGCUUUUAACUGGAUUUAGGAUGGUGGUUUGCCUUAUUAAACCUUCUGUGGAAUGAGAUGGGAUGCCAGUAUAAAUAGAAAUAAUAAUUUCAUCUUCCUGUACAGAGGCACCAGAAGGCCAUUUGUUCAGGAGGUGUGUAUUUGAGCUAUUUCUUCAAGCAGUCAUGCUUUAUUACCGCAGGCUUCCCUUGGGGUCACAGGUAACCUCUUCCAAGGCAACAAUUUAGAGGUGUCAUGGUUACUCAAAAAGCAAAACAAAAACCUAUGUAAUAAGCAUCAAAUAGGUAUCAGACCCCUGACGUUGGUCUCCUGGGUUCAUCCAAAAUUAAGUCAGCGUCUGUUCCAGUUUGUAACAGGUGUGAACUGUUGGAUUCACGCCCUCCUGUACCCUCAAGUGCUGUGCAGAUAAGAGAGGGGAUUCAUUUGAUCUUUUUUUCCUGCAGGUAGGUCUGCAGAUGAAGAUUCCGUAAGCAACCCUUGGAUUAGAUUCCAGGAAUAAUCUAAUCACUGCAUAGAAUAUAAUUUUGUGAUGUAAUUUGAGAAAUAAACCAUUACCUGUUAACUCAG